GAAUUCGCCCUCCUCGAAGAUGCAUCAGGUGACCUUCAUCCUCGUAGCAUCCUUGGCCUCCAUGGCCGCCGCUGAUGUCGGCCUACUACUCCAUCCUCCCGGCCAUCAUGACAUCCUACUGCAUCCCCAUGACGCAGGACACCACCCAACCCCCAUCCUGCACGCCCCUCUACACCGCGGGUUCGAUCACCACCGCCCAUCUCACGGGCAUCGAGGCAGUGUUGCCAAGCGCCCGAAGCAGCACGCGCAUCAUGGCAACACUGGCUAUGGUCACGAGGACUAUCAUGAUACUCCAGCACAGUACGACUUCGAAUAUGUUGUACACGACGAGUACUCUGGUAACCACUUCGGCCACGAGGAAGUCCGGGACGGCUACAAGACAGAAGGAAAAUACUUCGUCCAUCUGCCCGACGGACGCAUCCAGACCGUCACUUAUUACGCCGACGAGACGGGAUACCACCCUACCGUCACUUACGACGGAGAAGCCGUCCACGGCGCCCAUGGCACCGGCCACGCCCACGGCCAUGGGCUUGCGUACCACGCUCCCAAGCCCUUCCUUCAUGGCCCAGUAGUAGAUGGAUAUCACUGAUGAUUAUUCCCGCCUGACGAUCGGUUUUCUGUUUAAAAGCGUUGAACGCGCCUCUAUAAAUAAGCGUAAUUUAUCAGUAAAAUCUAAUUUAUCAGUAAAAUCUAUUUAGCAGUGAAAUCUAAGUUAUUUUUGUUAUUACAAAUUCAGUUUACUCUUUGGGAGAACUUCACAGGGUAAGGAUAAAUCUAUUAUUUUUUUCUUGUCUCUUAUGAAUUUUUUUGUAGAAUAUUAUUUAAAAGAAAACAACGCAUUGCUAAUUUAAUUCGUUUAUAUUAGCUUGUGAAAAAUCCUCGGUAAAUUUUGUUGUUUCUUCUCCUGUAAUGUCUGAAUACCUUGUCUGAAAGCAAACAAAUCUUUUUCAUAUUUACUUUGUGGAUAAAUUUGAAAUAAAUCCGUGAUAGGAAAAAAAGAAAUGUUGAAUACUUAAUGGAUGUCUUUAAUUUGAUAAAGAUUCAAGUAACUGGAAUCUCUUCUUAAGGCGCUCCUGGAAUAAACUUUAUG